UCUAUUUAUUUUGUAGAGUUUUGAGUUAUGCUCAAAAUUUUCAGGAGGGGAAAUAACAGACACACAUAGAUCAGACACAUCACAACACAGAAUCAAAGGACAAAAAGGUGUAGCAAUGGGAUGAGUCAGAUUCGAAGAAAUAGCGGCAAUGAUACGAAGAGUCUCAGCCACCUCAUGUCUCUCCGCCACAGCUUUUAGAUCAUUUACGAAAUGGUCCUUUAAAUCUUCUCAGUUUCACGGCGAGUCCCUCGAUUCCUCUGUUUCACCCAUUCUCAUCCCCGGCGUCCACGUCUUCCAUUGUCCGGAUGACGUUGGGAUUGUAGCGAAACUAUCAGAUUGUAUUGCUGCCAAGGGUGGAAACAUUCUUGGUUACGAUGUGUUUGUUCCUGAAAACAAGAACGUCUUCUACUCUCGAAGUGAGUUUAUAUUUGAUCCAGUAAAAUGGCCGAGGAGUCAGAUGGAUGAAGAUUUUCAAACUAUUGCACAAAAGUUUAGUGCUUUGAGCUCGGUUGUACGAGUUCCCUCUUUAGACCCCAAAUACAAGAUAGCUCUUCUACUGUCAAAACAGGAUCAUUGUCUGGUUGAAAUGUUACAUAGAUGGCAGGACGGAAAGCUUCCUGUCGAUAUAACAUGUGUGAUAAGUAACCAUGAAAGAGCUCCAAACACCCAUAUUAUGCGGUUUCUCCAGAGGCAUGGCAUCUCUUAUCAUUAUUUGCCAACAACCGAUCAGAAUAAAAUAGAAGAGGAGAUUUUGGAAUUGGUUAAGGAUACUGAUUUUAUAGUUCUCGCUAGAUACAUGCAGCUACUGUCAGCUAACUUCUUGAAAGAUUAUGGAAAAGAUGUAAUCAACAUCCAUCAUGGCCUCUUGCCUUCAUUCAAGGGACGAAAUCCCGUGAAACAGGCAUUUGAUGCAGGUGUGAAACUAAUUGGUGCAACAAGUCACUUUGUUACAGAGGAACUUGAUUCAGGUCCUAUCAUUGAACAAAUGGUUGAGAGAGUUUCCCACCGAGACAAUUUGAGGAGCUUUGUCCAGAAAUCAGAGGACCUCGAGAAAAAGUGUCUCAUGAAAGCUAUAAAAUCUUACUGCGAACUGCGAGUAUUGCCUUAUGGGAUACAAAAGACUGUCGUAUUCUAAUACGGUCUACGUGAAAAUCUCCGACAUUUCUUCAUAUGAUAUGCUCACUCAUGCAAAAAUAUACAUACUACUUCUCUAUAAGUUUUUGAUUCUUCAUAGCUUACACGUAAAUGUUUUGGCUUAGCAAAUCAGAAACUGUAUCAUGUCAAUAAAAACAGUUCAAUUGAGAUUCA